AUGAGUUGGUAGUAAAAAUUGAAAAAAUAAAUAGGAACAUAACCUUAUUCAGAAAUUAAAUAAUUAAGAUUUAAUAAUCUUUAACUCAAUAAACUACCAGAUGAUUUUGUUUCUGAACUUCAUAAAUGUACCAAUUUGGAGAUUCUGAGUUUAAAUUAAUGUGGUAUCAGAUCUCUUGAAAAUUUAUAAUAAAUGUGUUCUGUCACUCAACUUGAAUAUUUAGAUAACUUUACAACCUCAAAGACCUUAUAAUAGAUUGCUAAGGCUUUUCCUAAUCUUGAAGUAUUAAUAGCAGGAGGAAACUUUUUAAGAGAACUGAAAGAUUUAGAUGCUUUGAAACCUUUGAUAAAAUUAGAGGCUCUUAAUAUUAUGAAUGGCAUAAAUAAACCGGUAUUCAUUUAUUCAUAAUUAAAAAGGAUUCAGAUAUUAGAAAAUAUGCUUUUGAAAUAUUGCCAAAGUUGAAAAUAUUAGAUGAAAAAGAUAAAUUUGGAUAGAUUUAUGUAGAGCCUAAAUAAGAGAAAAAAUAACUUGAAGUUGAAACUCAAAUUAAUAUGGAAUAAGAAGAAGUGAGUUAAGAAGAUGUAGAAUCAGCACUUUGUUCUGAUGAUAGUAAUGAGGAAGAAGAAUCUGAUAGUGAUGAUUAAGAUGAUAGUGAUUUAAGCGAUUUUAUUGAAAAAAAAGUAAAAAAUGAAUGA